AUGGCCUCAGGCUUUAUAGAAAUCGCCAACAAGCAGGGUCUAUCGGCCACUCUCCUCCCCUUUGGCGCCACUCUCGCCAAGUUAACAUUUCCAGACAAAGAGGGCAAAAAUCAGGACCUAGUGCUGGGAUUUGACACGAUUGAUGAAUUUGAAGCGGACACCGCGUCCAUCGGCAAGACAGUCGGCCGUGUCGCCAAUAGAAUCAGGAAUUCGAAAUUGACGUUUGACGGGAAGGAGUACAGUAUGACACCCAAUAAUGGACCACAUUAUUUGCAUGGUGGACCGAAUGGAUUGGGUUAUCGUAAAUGGGAGGUGGUCCGACACGCACCACAAUCCGUGUCCUUCAGUGUCAGAGCUAAUGAGCAAGAGGAUGGAUUGCCAGGAGAUGCGAAAAUUGAUGUUACCUACACCGUCAACGACCGUAACCAACUAAUCAUCGAACACCACGCGACAUGUGAAACCGCCGGUCUUCUCGCGCUCACCAACCACGCCUACUGGAAUCUCGAUGGCUCCGAGAAUGUGUCGGAGCACUUUCUGGAAAUGAGCUCCGAGGAAUACGUGGAAGUGGAUGACACCUUCUGCCCAACUGGAGCAAUCCGUCCGGUUAAUAAGACCCGUUUUGACUUCAGAGCCGGUGGGAAACAGUUGAAAGAAUCCGGUGGAGCACCGGGAGAGCUCCUGGACCUCGACAAUGACCUGGUCAUUACUAAGAAAGACCCUCCGGUCACUCCGACGUCUUCUCACUUGAGAUUCUGGAGCCAAAAAUCGGGAAUCGAGAUGUCAAUUACCACCUCAUACCCUGUCAUCCAUCUCUACGCAUCCAAGUUUUUAGAGUGCCGAGGAAAAAAUGGAGAGCACUACAAACCGAACAAAGCACUCGCGAUUGAGCCACAAUUUCACUCGGCCGCACCGAAUUUUGACAACUUUCCGGACGUCUCCCUUCGCCCAGGACAACACUAUUGCCAGGAGAUUGUGUAUACGUUUUCGCGUGUUAAUUAA